CUCUGCAUACAUAUCCUCUUCCUCACACGUGAAAAGUCCAAAGUCAGCACUCAUUUAAAUUCUGCAUACAAUUUUACCACAGAACUCGAUGAUGGCUUCGCUUUCAUCUUCACCAUCUCCUCACAAACUCACUUUCCCAAACCCUCACAAGUUCCUCCCCGUCAAAAGACGAUCCUACCCUCUUCCUCUCUCUCCUUUUUCCGAUUCUACCCUCUGCCGCUCCUCCUCCUCCGGCGACAACAACUCCACUCGCCGCCCCUGGGACUUCCCCAUCCACGACCUCCUCAACAAUCUCGUCAAACGCUUCGAUUCCUACCUCAAACCCUACGGUCAGCAGGAUUGUGCUCAGAACAACACCGUUUCUGACGAAGAAGACUGGGAUUGGUACAGGUGGAAGAAACAUUUCGAAGAAGUCGAUGAACAGGAGCGCCUUGUUUCCAUUUUGAAGUCACAGUUAGGUAAUGCAGUAUACAGAGAAGAAUAUGGGGAUGCUGCUAGAUUCAAGGUGGCAAUUGCAGCUGCAGCUGCUAAUGACACUGUUGGCAGAGUGAUGUCCAACUUGAAUAGAGCAGUAGCAGAAGAACGAUAUGAGGAUGCAGCUAUUUUACGAGAUAAAGCCAGUGCUGGAUUGGUGGGAUGGUGGGCGGGUAUUUCAGACAAUAAGAAUGAUCCUUAUGGUCUGAUAAUACGUGUUACUGCAGAGCAUGGAAAAUAUGUAGCUAGGAGUUAUCGUCCCCGGCAGCUUGCUACAGGUGGUGUGGGUGUUCCCUUGUUCGAGAUCUUUCUUACUGUGAAUAAGAAAGGUGAAUACAAACAGCAGGCUGUGUACUUAAGAAAGAGAGAGGUUUUUGAAGAUUCUUCGAAAGUUUCCCAAAAAGCAUCAAGUGCUGCCAGUGGCUUGAAUCCAGCAGGCUCAACAGAAGACAAGGAUGAUCUUCUUGUUGUGAGUGCUGAAGGUAUUGAAGAUGGUGAUGAUACUGAUGAUAAUUCUGAUCUAGCUGAGGGACUGUCUGGAUUUCAGAAUAUAUUGCAAGAUAUGAUUCCUGGUGUGAAAGUUAAGGUUUUGAAACUGACAGCCCCUGGAAAGGUAGAUCGAGAUUUUAUAUCCAAAGUAAUUGAGCAGAUAAUAGAGGAAGAAGAUGAAGAAAAAGAUAUUGAGGUAGAAAAUGCUGAAUCAGAAGAUGAAGUUGAAAGUGAAAGUGACCAAGAGAGGAAUGAGAUAGAAGUGGAUGCUGUCCGUGGAAUUUUAGAAAAUGAAGAGCAAAGUGAAAUUUCUGUUAAAGUUGUGGUUGGUGGUCUUGUUCAGGAGCUUUCUAGCAGUAUGCCCACUAAGGAACGAGCACCUGCUAGGCUAGAAAAGAAGGGAUGUUCCUUGUUUUCCUUCUCUAUAGAGAAAGAUGGAAAGCAACAGGAUUCUGGUGCCAAGGAACUAACUUCAGUGGAUCACAAAGCUAAGCUUCGAGGUCAGCAUAGCAUGGACAGUAUUAUGUUUGAUCUUGCAAAGUUUGUUGGCAAGGAGAAGAUACCAUUGAAGGUGCUUAAAGAUAUUGGUGAAUUGAUAAAUAUCUCUCUCAGUCAGGCUCAGAACCGUCAACCACUGUCUGGCUCAACAACUUUCCAGCGCAUUGAGAUAGCGUCACCAUCAGAUCCACUGAAUGGACUAUAUAUUGGUGCAUAUGGACUUUACACCUCACAAGUCAUCCAUCUGAGACGCAAAGUUGGCCAAUGGAAAGAUGAGGGUGGGACUAGGAAUUCUUCUAGUCUUGAGUUUUAUGAAUAUGUGGAAGCCAUUAAAGUAAUUGGAGAUCCGUAUGUACCUGCUGGCCAGGUUGCAUUUCGUGCCAAGGUUGGAAAAAGAUAUCAGUUGCCACAUAAAGGGAUCAUUCCUGAAGAAUUUGGAGUGGUAUUCUUAAAGCAUAUUGCUAGAUAUAAAGGACAAGGGAGGCUUGCUGAGCCAGGGUUUCGAAACCCACGAUGGGUUGAUGGUGAACUUGUUAUUCUUGAUGGAAAGUACAUCAAAGGGGGACCUGUUGUUGGAUUUGUCUAUUGGGCCCCUGAAUAUCAUUUCUUGGUGUUCUUCAAUCGUCUUAGGCUUCAGGAGUAGAUUCUCAUGGUACAUAAUUUUUGGUCAGAUUGAGCUGGAUUUAGAUUAUAUUUGUUACCUCGAAGUACUUUUUGAAGUGGAGCAGCAAAGAAGAUCAGAUAUAUUAGGCCCUAAGUGAAAUGCUCAAGCGGCUGACUGGUACACUUCUAAGCAUGUAUUAACCAGAUGAAAGUAAACUGAUGCUUUGUAUGCAUGGAUUUGGCCCUCUACUGCUUGGUUUUUGGCAGUCCUCUCAUCAAUAUGCGGUAAUGUCUGCUGUACAUACUGUCGGUUCCUAACUAUUAAGCUGUUGUGAUAAUUUACAAGAGAGUUUGUAGCCUUAAUCAUUUUAUUAUUCAUAGUCCUUUUUAAUUUCUUAUCACAAGCACAGCUGGGAUUGUGCAAUGCCUGAAUUAGAAAGUAGUGUAAGGAAUGCUGAUGCCCCUUUUUUUUUUUGGUGCAGUUCCUUAUGACCUUGUUUAGAAUCAAUUACUCUGUAAUUAUCGGUUUUGGUUUAUUAUUUUUGUUCACAGUAAUUCUCAAUAAAGGGUACAUUUACCUGGUA